UCCAGACUCGGGCAGCGAUACCUUGAUGUGUGUACGGAUAUCAAGGCAAGCAAUCGCACAUGCAGCUUGGAGUUGAGGGUACAGUGAGUGCUUGGGUGGAGGGGGGACCCUGCCUACCUGCUUACCUUAGACAUCCGGAUCAACAACAUGCGGUGAGCUACAACACGGCACCAGCAUAGCAUCCUUUUUCUUUUUUUACAUUUCCUUUCUCUUCACCAACAUCAUUUCUCACUGCCUGUUCACCGCCGGCAGCUGCCUCUCCAGCAACCCACGCUCGUUCAAUUGGGUUCCGGCAAUCCGCUCGAGCGGCCCGCUGUCCUCCAUCCCCUCCUUCCAGACCACCUCUGCCACUCCAGUCACAACUCGGACCACAAUGGCAACCCCCACCAACGCCCCCAUCUCCGCCGCGGCAUCGGCACCACGUGGAAAGCCGACAAAGACGAGGGUAUACCCGCUCAUGUCACGCCGCCAGGUCGAGGGCUUGAUUGCUCAGGGCAGAGUUGUCAUCAUAAUUGAUCAGUUCGUCGUCAAGCUGGAUGGGUGGCUAGCAUACCACCCGGGCGGCGACAAGGCCAUCCUGCACAUGGUCGGGCGGGAUGCUACUGAUGAAGUUUCGGUACUGCACUCUCCUGAGGCCAGAUCGCAGAUGACGAGGUAUCGAAUCGGAAGAGUCGAGGGUCACUGGAGAAACUUCGUGCCGCCUAUCCAGGGAGGCAAGUUCAGGGCACUCGAAGAGGGCGGCUCCGGGUUCGAGGACAUAGAUGACAACGACGACGAUACCAUGCGUUUCUUUGGUGCCCCCUCCCCUAGCGAUGUCGGUUCUCGCGAAGCCUCCCCCGUCUUCGACACGGCAGACAUUCACGUCCGCCGCAGACACGGCGCCGCGCAGAGCUCGAGCCCGGCCUCCGUCUCUUCAGCGACUUCCACCACUGACGACGGCCAUGACGACAAGGACAUGGAUGGAACCGCCUUUCUUGACUCGGAGACGCGCAAGCAGAUCCGCCUCGACCUUCAUAAAUACCCUGCCUUGGACGACGGGACGCAGUCGGACAUUGUGCGCAAGUACAGGCUUCUCAACGAGCGCAUCAAGGCUGAGGGGUUGUACAAUUGCGACUACCGUGCCUACGCCAUUGAGGUGAUGCGGUAUACAAUUCUCUUCGCCGCUAUGCUGACCUUCCUGCGCUGGGGGUGGUAUUUUCUCAGUGCCGCCUGCCUCGGCUGCUUUUGGCACCAGCUGGUCUUCUCCGCUCAUGAUGCCGGGCACAUGGGCAUCACCCACAACUUCCACGUCGAUACGUGCAUUGGCAUCUUUAUCGCCGACUUCAUGGGCGGGCUGUCUAUUGGCUGGUGGAAGCGGAACCACAACGUACACCAUAUCGUCACCAAUUCCCCCGAGCACGAUCCUGACAUCGAGCAUUUGCCCUUCUUCGCUGUGUCCCACCGCUUCCUCGGCAAUCUGACGUCGUCCUACUACGAGCGCGUGAUGGAAUAUGACCUUGCAGCCAGGUUCUUCUUGUCGCUGCAGUCAUACUUAUACUAUCCCAUCAUGCUAUUUGGCCGCUUCAACCUCUAUAGGCUCUCGUGGGACCACCUCAUUAUGGGCCGUGGUCCCAAGAAAGGCAUUGCCUGGUGGCAUCGCUGGCUCGAGGUAGCCGGCCAGGUCUUCUUUUGGGUCUGGUUCGGCUACGGCAUUGUGUACAGGUCUAUUCCUAAUAAUUGGGACCGCUUUGUUUUCGUGAUCAUCAGCCACAUGUUCCAAGCUCCGCUACAUGUCCAAAUCACGCUAUCUCACUUCGCCAUGAGCACGGCCGACCUGGGCCCUCAAGAGUCGUUCCCGCAAAAGAUGCUGCGCACGACCAUGGACGUCGACUGCCCGACGUGGCUCGAUUUCUUCCACGGAGGGUUGCAAUUCCAGGUCGUCCACCACAUGUACCCUCGCAUUCCGCGCCACAACCUGCGCAAGACGCAGAGGCUUGUGCAGGACUUCUGCAAUGAUGUGGGCAUUCCUUACGCCCUGUAUGGCUUCGUCGACGGCAACAAGGAUGUCAUUGGUCGGCUUGCGGAGGUGUCUCGACAGGCGGCCAUCUUAGCGAAAUGCCAAAAGGUUGCCGCCCAUCAUAUCCAGGGCGGCCACCGUCACUGAACGCAUACAAUUCAGCUUGCCAGGUUAUUUUCUCCUUACCACUCAUCUCGCUUCCCUUUAUCUUUUGGCCGUGAACAACUCGGGUGAUGUAGAAGGGCGCUCUGUCACGACCGGCGUAGGAAAAGAAAGAGGCACACAAGAUGUAUGCAUAUACACAUUAUACCGGAAGCCUGUGGUGCUCGAGUGAAGACGGACUGUAAUGGCCAGGAAUAUAUCAGUCUAAGAUGAUAUGCUGGAAUAUGCGUGUGCAUGUGUGUGGCGAGUAUACAGGUUGAAACGAAUCGAAUUGUCCGAUCUGAGCAACUCGUCUAUAUGUAAUGUCCUCCAAAGUCACAAUCGUAAAAUCUUCAACCGGACACCCCCCCGCGCUCAUCUCAGU